AUGGAUCUUCCCACAGACUCUAUCUACGUCGAUGUAACCGACAGCUUUUUUACUGCUGUGGAAAAGAUGGCCCCGGGCAAUGUCGUGGCCUCGCCAUACUUUGAUAUGCUAGAAGGCUCCAGAGCCAUUGAGAUGGGUAAUCGUCGUUUAGACACAGGCCUCAUCGAUUUAAAGCAUGAAGAGGUGAUGUUUGAUACGGCCGCAGGGCAGCUGGUGGAGGAUGUUGCUGGUGCCAUGAACCAUGUCCUCAUUCUGCUCAUGCUGUGGUUUCUGGGGCUGUCUUUGCCAGUGACAUUAUUCAGCAAUCGCUAUGUGAUGGAUUUUUUGCAAAGUUACAAUUCACUGGGUGGCCAGUUUGCCAGAUCCAAUUUGGUGAAUAAAAGACUCCAUGGUGAUCUGUAUACUGAGAGCUCUUCCUUUGAAGGUGUUUUGGUGAACAAGGUGCUUAGGGCGUAUGUGGCUGGCAUUUGCAAGUUUGCUGGCAUUGUGAGAGAUGUUGCGUUGAACGUGUUAUACGAUGAAGAAGACUUGACUACGAGAAACAUGGACUUGAACAUGCUCACCGCCGUGGAGAGUAGCGUCGUUUUGGAGACCAUCGAGGAGGCUCAACAAUGGCUCCAGAGUCAGCAAACGGAUCAGCUGACUUCAACACUAAAUGACUUUCUCACGUUGGCUUCGUGCUUGGUACAGACUUGCGAUAUCGUUCACGCUUCCAUCCAUCUCUUUGAGGCCAAAGACGGCCCAUCUUUAGAGUCUCUCGCAGACAUCAGAACACUUGCAUCAAAGAUCGAGGGUCAGAAUAUUGGCUUGGGUCCUCGCUACUCGGUCUCCAAAUUCGCUCAGACUGACUGUAAUAAUAAGCAUAUCCCUUACGAUAAUUUCCUAUUACCCAAGGAAAAAGCAUUCUCGGAUCUCCGCCAUCUUGCUGACGAGAUCGAAGCUUAUGUCUCUGCAUUUGCAACGUUUGACAACGCAUUACAGCUAGAGUCUUACCUUCGCUACUCCAUGGCUCCUCGUAUGACACCAGACUACAGUUCUGUCGCUCGGGGCUUUUUCCAGCUCUUUUUCAUCAGAGAUGACAAGUCAGUUGUUGGCCUGAGCGAGACUGUGGGUUCCGUCAGCAUCAGGCUCAUGGAAAGCUUAUGUUGUGCUGGUGCUUCUAUCUUAGACACAGAAACCUGGAAAUUACAAGAAGAUGAUCCAUUAAAGGAGGAAGCUGCGAAAAGAGAAGCUCUCAACAAGGUAGGUGCCCUCCUAGACGACUUUGAGAACGCCAUGUAUAAAUAUUUAUCGAAUUUCGGCAAUAACAAAUGUCGACAGAGGCAAUUCGACAAUCAAACAAUUGUUCUUUGGGACACAUUGCAGUUCAACGCUGAAAACAUCGAGUUCAAUCUCUUCUCAGCUUUUGGAUUAGGAGACAAGAUAGCUCCGGACUCGCCAAAUCCGGCACUUCCCAUCACAGCAUUUGCAUACCACAUGAAACUCCAAAUCAUGCUUGAAACCAUUUUGAGUGGCUUUGAGCUCAACUUGUAUAAACCGUUUGAGGCGUCCCAAAUGUAUUGGUACGCCGGUUAUUUGGCGGAAAAUGACCACGCCAACAUGAAAAUUCGAGUGACAAAUAUCAACAAAGGAAAGCUUGCUCAGGUGGUGAGCUUGUCGAAGAAGGUGAAAAAGGCCAAAGCUGGUCAAAAGAAGGAGGAAUUGAGAAAAUUGUACAAGUCACUCAAUGAAAACGCAAUCCCUCAGGUUCAUCGAAAUUUGAAAUACAUAGAACAGUUUUUGGAACCUUCAGUUUUGGCAUUACAGCAUUUGUGCAUAGCCAUCUCCCAAAUCCUCCUUUUGUACCAGCUGCUCAAUGCAGACAUGAAGAAGCCGGGCUCUAUGGUGGAUGACGAGCAUUUGUACAACUUGCGUAUGAAGCCAUGGAGGUCAGUAGAGGUGCCCACCUGUCCCAGCUAUAAGGACUACCGAGAGGCAUCGCUGUUCUACGACACAUUUUCGAAGAUCGGCAUCGACCUCAAGAGAGAAAGGUUUAAGGGUAUUAUCGAGCUGUUAAAGGGGAAACUCGUGGAAGCACUGCAAAUUUAUGGAGGAAUCCUCGACAGCUUCAAGAACACAGAGACUCUCGAGCAGUUCUUCAAAGGUAGUGAAGACAGUGUGAAGCUGUGGAUCCUGAACCUUCGCAAGACAUGUGUGGCGUACCAGGUGGAGCUUGGAAAUGUUCUUCACACCGUCCAAACGAUGGAUUCAAACCUGAGGUUUAAGGUAGAGAUCGGCUCCGCGUACCACCCACACUUUCCCAUCUACUCAAUGAAGAAGAUAGAGUAA